AUGCCCAUCAGGGUGACCUACAAGGUGUCCACCUCUGGUCUCCAGACCUUCAGCACUCAUACAUGCAUGCACCGGUGUGCACAUCAGCUUUUCCAGCCUUCCCAGGCUGGGCAGCAGCAGCUUAUAGGGAAGCCUGGGACCAGCAUGGGUCUGGGUGGCUUCAGUAGGGCUAGUGUAGGAGACAUCACAGAAAUCAUGGUGAAUCAGAUCCUGCUGAGCCCCUUGAAGCUGGAGGUGGAUCCCAACAUCCAUGCUGUGCACACUCAGGAGAAGGAGCAGAUUAAAUCCCUUAACAAGUUUGCCUCCUUCGUUGACAAGGUGCACUUCUUAGAGCAACUGAACAAGAUGCUAGAGACCAAGUGGAUGGAGCCAUUGCAGCAGCUGAAGACACUGAGGGGCAACAUGAACAACAUGUUUGAGAGCUAUAUCAAUAACCUUCAACGGCAACUGGAAACCCUGCGGGAAACCCUGGGCCAGGAGAAGCUGAAGCUGGAGGCAGAGCUUGGCAACAUGCAGGACCUGGUGGAGGACUUAAAGAAUAAAUAUAAGGAUGAGAUCAACAAGCAUACAGAGAUGGAGAACAAAUUUGUCCUCAUCAAGAAGGAUGUGGAUGAAGCAUACAUGAACAGUGUGAAACAGGAGCCCCACCUGGAAGAGCUGACUGAUGACAACUUCCUUCAGCAGAUCCAGGAAGAGGAGAUCUGCGAGUUGCAGUCUCAGAUCUCAUACACAUAUGUGGUGCUGUCUAUGGACAACACCUUCUUCCUGAUCGUGGACAGCAUCAUUGCUGAAGGCCAUGCUCAGUGUGAGGACAUCACCAACCACAGGCAGGCUAAGGCUGAAAGCAUGUAUCAGAUUAAGUACGAGCAAUUGCAGACUUUGGCCGGGAAGCACGGGGAUGACUUGCGCCACACAAAGACCGAGAUCUCUGGGACGAACCACAGCAUCAACCGCCUGCAGGUGGAGAUUGAAGAUCUCAAAGGCCAGAAAGCAACCCUGGAGGCUGCCAUCACUGAUGCUGAGCUACUUGAGGAGAUAGCCAUAAGGACGCCAAUGGUCCAGAUGGAGGCUGCCCUGAAGCAGGCCAUGACCCAGCAGCUGCGAGAGUACCAGGAGCUGAUGAACAUCAAGCUGGCACUUGACAUUGAGAUUGCCACCUACCACAAGCUACUGGUGGACGAGGAGAACAGGCUGGAAUCUGGAAUGCAGAGCUUGAGUAUCCGUACAAAGACCACCAAUGCCUACUCAGGAGGCUCCGCCUAUGGAGGACUUACCAGCCCUGGCUUCAGCUAUGGCAUGAGCUCUUUCCAGCUCAACUUCAGCUUUGUUGGGGGCUCCAGCUCUUUUAGUCACACCAAGGUUAUGGUUGUGAAGAAUGACACCCACGAUGCAAAGCUGGUAUCAGAGUCCUCUGAUAUCUUGUCCAAGUGA